CAGUUCCGCUUAGGGUGGAUGGGGAAGAGGAGUGGAGUUGUUUGUUUGGAUCUGCACAGGCAAAAUGGGAACCUUUUCUUUCGUUGGUAGUAUUUUGGGACUUAAUGCCCUACUUGCUUGCACAUUGGCGACUUCAGACGUGUUUGACAGCGUUCUGGGAAGCACAGAGUCCUGCCACAAGUCCUGCGGAAUGACAUACAGUUUGCACACUUAUCCACGGGAGGAGGAACUGUACGCCUGCCAGCGAGGCUGUCGUCUGUUCUCCAUUUGUCAUUUUGUCCGUGACAGCGACGACUUAAAUCAGACCAGAACUGAAUGUGAAUCAACCUGUCGGGAAGCCUAUACCCUGCUUGAUGAGCAGUAUGCGUGCAACAUGGGCUGCCACAAUCAACUUCCUUUUGCUGAACAGCGUCAGGAUCAGUUGGAGGCCAUGAUGCCUAGGAUUCAUCUUCUGUAUCCCCUAACGUUGGUCAGAGGAUUUUGGGAUGAUGUAAUGAGUCAAGCCCACAGCUUCAUUACUUCCACCUGGACGUUCUACCUUCAAGCAGAUGAUGGAAAAGUUGUUAUUUUUCAGUCUGAACCACAGAUUAGGAUUUUCUCCCAAAUUGAACUGGACACAGAUUCAAAGGAGGAGCCUCAGAAAAGCUUCCCCCGGCUGAGCAGUCCUAUUUACAAAGAAUACCAUCGGACUUUAAUCCAAGAAAGAGACAGAGAGCUGAGUGGUGAGCGCAGCUAUGCCAAUGGCUACAAUCUUUUCAGCUGCCUGUCAAGGAACCCCUGGUUGCCUGGGUGGAUCCUAACAACUACUUUAAUUCUGUCUGUGUUGGUCCUGAUCUGGAUCUGCUGUGCUACUGUGGCAACUGCUGUGGAUCAAUAUGUACCGGCUGAGAAACUGAGCAUCUAUGGGGACAAUGACUACAUCAAAGAGCAGAAACUGACUCCUUACCCAGCAUCCUCUCUGAUUAUCAUCACCUCCAAAGGGCCAGAGGAUGAGGCGGGGCCACUUCCUUCCAAAGUGAACCUGGGACAGUCCAACAUCUAGAAAACAAGACUGUACUCCUAAAAAAAACUUUCCUAUUGAUCAUUGGUAUUCUGUUGAUUUUUUUUUUUCUUUAAUCUCCAAUUUAAGGCCUAAGCUGGUUGUGGUCUCAGCAGAACUUUCAGAUCAUUUACUUUUAACUGGUUUGUCCCUGCUUUAUUUAAACCUGACAUUUGGGUAAUUAAAACUUUUUUCUGUAUAUUGGUAUAAUUGUGUCAAAGUAUAAAGAGGGCAUAAAGGAAUAAAAUGUUUUAGGUUUUCUUUUUUUCCCUGCAAGUGUGCAUUAGUUCUGUGUGUUUUUAUUGAAUGUAAUGAACUGACUUGAAGUGAUGCAGGCUUUUACCCGAAUCCACAAUGUUUGGUAAAACAGAUUGUGUGGAUACUGCCGACUCCCCCUUUGUUAAUGUUUGUAUUGCUGCAAUAUCCUGAUCCAUUUUACAGUAAAAGUCUGUGCUCCUUAUUAAAUGAAACGGUACAUGCAGUAAAGUCUUUCCCUCUCUGCUGUUUGUCUCCUUGGUAAUAAAUACAAAUAAAAUAUACAACUGUGAAA